AUGGAGGUGUUUCGGGACAUGGAGGAUGUGAGCCAGGGACUUAUUGGUCUACUUAACGCCAACCGGGCCGGGGCGUGGGUGCGGCGGUUCCUAGGAAAGCAAGAGCGGAUGAUCGAGAGACUGCUGGACUUGAAAGAGAACGCUGAAGGGUUUUUCUCAGAGAUCCUUGCUAUUGAGGAAAAUGUGGCCCAGAAACUUAUUGAUGAGGAAGAAACAGCACAACGUGUUGAAUCUAAGUUACAGAAAAUUGAAGCUGAACUUCAGAAGACCAGCGAGAAGAAUGACAAUUUAAAGGCCAAUCUUGAUCUGUUGACAAAAGAGCUGGAAGAGCUCAAGGAAAUGGAACAAGAUCUCCUAAAGACCGAGGGAGAAGUGGAUGAAGAUACCACUGUCGUGAUCCCUUCAGCUGUGUAUGUGUCUCAACUUUAUCAUCAAAUCAGUAAAAUUGAGUGGGAUUAUGAAUGUGAACCGACUAUCAUCAAAGGCAUUCAUCACGGUCCCAACAUUGCACAGCCUAUCCAUCUGGACAACACCCAGCACUCUCAGAAGUUUAUCAGUGACUAUCUCUGGAACUUGGUGGACACACAGUGGUGACCCAUCCAUUGGCCCCACUGGCAUGGGGGAGGUAAUAGGAGGUUGUGAAGUGUAGGGGCGCUGCUUCAGGGUGACUGGUAAUUAAUUGUAAGGAACCUCAGUUAUGUGAGUCUCUUUAUA